CUUUUUGCAAAACUGCAACCGCGUCGUCUUUUUGUAAAACUGCAACCGCGUUAUCUUUUUGCAAAACUGCAACUGCAUCGUCUUUUUGCAAAACUGCAACCGCGUUGUCUUUUUGCAAAACUGCAACUGCAUCGUCUUUUUGCAAAACUGCAACCGCGUUGUCUUUUUGUAAAACUGCAACUGCGUUGUCUUUUUGCAAAACUGCAACCGCGUUACAUGGCUGACUCUGGUGUUCCCCCUCAGGCAAGACCUGCUGCUGUGCACCGCAGUGAACAGAGAGCUAGACACAAGCGACAAUGCUUAAUCGAAGACGUUACAAAUGCAUUAUCAAUCGACAAAAAACCUCAAAGGAAUUACAAGCGAAAUGCGGUUGAGGCUGCAAAAGAUCGAUAUACAGCCUCGUCUGGCCAAAACGGUGGACUGCCCGGUCUUGGCCGCCGAUCUCUUGAUGUAAUCGAGUUUACCAAACUUAUCCGAUGUGUACCCUUCCGUUUAAUAACGAAGCUGAAAGAGGGGAUUCCGCCUGAGGUUAAAAAUGCACUUUCACAGUAUACACUUUCACAGUAUACCCUAUCGCGUUUCUCGUUGCUCGUCUACGAUGCAAUCCGGGAAUAUAACUGCAGGCUGGGGUCUCUUUAUCUUACUGAAAUCUUGCCCCAUCUUGACCGACAGACGGCGAUUGAACCAGCGUUGGUUGAAGAAUCGAGAAAUACAUCGACUGAACUGCACUUCCAACCAGCCGACAGCAAUGUAGCGCUAUGUCCUGCGCUAGACAAAGCAAAGCCUAUCAUUCAAAAUUACCUCUACGUAGGAUUGACUCAGAGCAAUAGAAGGAAAGCCGAAGGGAAUCGUACUUCUACCGAUACGAUAGAACUAUACUUGCCUUCUUCUAUGAAUGAUGCUUGGCUAAAACUAUGGGUAUGUUCUGCGAUAGGGAUGCGAAUCUCUGAAGCAAAGGAUAUGCCUGAAUUAAUUGAAUUAAGGGCUAUACUUGGCGAUUAUCUUUGGGAAUGUCUAGAGUCCAGCCAGCUACGGAAGGAGGAAAUAGAUAAAGGUGCAUCUAUGGGCACCCAUGCUUUAAAAAUAGGUACAGACGGUGCAGAUUAUGUGAUCUUUCUUGCACUAGGUUUUGAUGCAGGUUGGGAUAUAUUUAGCACUCUAUUUCCUAUGCCGGGAUGA